AUGGCGGAACCAAUUCCAUCGGCAUCUACCGCCGCCGCGGACGCCGCAGACGACGAAACGUCCCAAAACCUGCCCAACAACGCCGAGGACCGCAAGGCCGCGGCGGCGCUCAAUUCUCUCAAUGCCAACGAGAUGUCCACCGAGAACGGGGAGAGUGGCACGAGACAGCCCUCCGCGGCCGACCAAGAAGCGCUGGGAAAGGCCAUGUCGAGACUGGAGAUUGCCAGCGGCGUGGGAAAGAAAAAGGAGGACACGACCAAGACGCAGGCGAAGAAGGAGGUCGAGGUGAAAAAGAAGGUCAAAAUCGCGGCCGAGGAUGUCAAUCUUUUGGUGCGCAAUUGCCGUGGAUUCUUUUUCGGGCUGUCCAAAAAAAUCGCUGAUACGUGGGCACAGGUCGAAGAACUGGAUCUUUCCAAGACCAAGGCUACCGAGCUGUUACGCUCGCACGACGGAAAUGCUACGUUGGCGAUCAAAGCCUUCAUCAUCCCUGCUGCUCGAGCUUGA